GAUAAGACGCCGUUUAAUGACAGGAGGCAAACAAAACCUGUCCAUCUGUCUCUUAUGUCAUUCUCCAACAGACCGAAUGAGAAGCAGGCAGAGAAGGAUGAGACAAGGAGAGGACAGUGAGAGACAGAGGAGGACAGACCGAGGCAAAGAAGAGGGACAAAACAAAAUGAGGUCCAAUCAUGGAGGUGUGGACUCGGGACAGAGGGGACAGCAGGAGCGUUACCUGGGCUGUCUCACAAAGCAACAGCUCAUCAUCAUAUGUCUGACCGUGGGACUUGUUAUCCUGCUCACUGUCAUCACAGUUACUGCUGUGCUGCUCACCAAAGAGUCAGGUUCUCCUGUUCCCUCUACUGGUGCAGACAUGCUGGACUACCUGGUUCAGUCCGGUAACAUCAGCGAACCUGACGGUCUCUUGGCAACAUGGUUUCACAGGGCUAACAAGAAGGAGGAGAUGAACAAAGCUUUAGCGAGUGACGCCAUGAUCCUGGAGGCUGACGUCACCGUGAAGGGUCUUGGGACGCCCAGUGAAGAGCCAAUCCCCAUCAUGGCUCAUCCUCCCGACAUCUUCAGUGACAACACUCUGGACCAGUGGCUGGACGCUGUGUUGCCCUCAAAGAAAGGGAUUAAGUUGGAUUUCAAGAGUUUAAAGUCAGUGGGUUUGUCACUAGACCUGCUUCGUCAGAAGAACAGCGACAGAGGUAUAAACCAGCCGGUGUGGCUCAACGCAGACAUCCUACGAGGUCCAAAUGUCCCGGGCUUUCUGCCACCAGUUAAUGGAACUGUAUUUCUGCAGCUGAUUCAGGAGAAGUUUCCACAUGUGACUUUAUCUCCUGGAUGGAAGGUGGCCUACGGUCCUCCACUCUUCACUGAAUCCUACAACAGGUCCAUGGUAGAAGAAAUGUACAGUCUCAUCAAAGACGUCCCACAGAGGGUAACAUUUCCAGUCCACGCCCUGUUGGUCCGUGAUGGCUGGCAGCACCUGAGCUGGCUCCUCAAUCAGUCUCCAAGGUUCAGUCUGACCUUGUGGCAGGGGUCAAAUCAUCCAAAUAUCAGUGACCUGCUGUUUGUCCGUGACAACACCCACCACACCAGAGUCUACUAUGAUAUUUAUGAACCGACGCUGUCUCAGUUUAAAGAAGCUGCAGGGCUGCAGGGACGUGUGAGGACGUUCUACCCUGGAGGAGACCUGAUGGACUUCCUGUGUCCAAACCACAAUUCGGACACCAGCUUCCUGUCCACAGCAGUCACACAGCGCAGCAGCCUGAAUGUCCACUGGUUCACAGUCACUGACCGCGCGUCCUUACUGGCUCAGCUCACAGAUGGUGCCGGAGAAAGAGGAGGUAUGUUGGUGGUGCGGAUGUUUUCUGACAUCACACGACCUGGUGUGAUUCUGGUGGAAGGUUCUGGAAAGAGCUUGCAGCCCCUCACACUGCAGGACGUCCUGCAGCUGCUUGAACAGAGUGCUGAUGCUCGCUGGGGUCUUUACCUCCGAGUUCACACACAGCAGCUCCUGGAAGCUUCUCUCACUGUGCUGAGUUCAGCUUACAGCAGAGGGACGCUCUACAGGCCUGUGUGGAUCGACGUGGACAGUUUACAGAGCAGUGAGUUUGUGUCCACAGUAGAGAGGCUGUUCCCGUACGUUACCAUCGUCCUGACACAGCACAGCUGGCCUCCUUACGUCCCAGCGUCAGUGGCAGGAUUGUCUCAGAGAGUGGCUCUACAUCUGAUCACAGCAUCGCUGCCGGAGGGAGACCGGGGACUUCACUCUGUCCCAGCACUGAUGGACAGAUACGACCUCAUAGUGGAGGAGGACACAGAGAGCGGUGCUGAAACUUUAGACGUUUUGAAAGGACUGAAGAGUCGGCGCACGGGCAGAGCAAACACAAACCUGUAUGUGAUCAGUAAACAGUCCUGAGCAGACAUACUCUAUGUAUCAUCAUUAAAAAACAGGGCAAAUAUUCUAGAAAACUCUCCAAACAACAACCAGCAGAUGUUAGAGACACAUUUAAGUGUCAUAACAUGUUUUGGUCCAAUUUAGCUGAAACUAAAUUGGAAUUACAUGAAGUGUAUCACAAACACUGAAGCAUCACUGUACUGCAAUAUUAUGUUAAAUCAAACAAUGUAGACAGCAUUUUUCCCAGUAUUCAACAUGUUUCAAUAUCACGUCAGAUCUUUACCUCCUCCCAUGAGGUUAUGCUAUGUGGUUCCAUGUUUUUGGGAGCAGGGACUCAAUUCACUAGAUGUUUGGUUUACUUGACACGGUGAGAGAUUGAACAGCCAUAGGGAAGUUUUAAUAUAAAAUGCCCAUUCAUAAAAUCUGUCAUCUUUCAUUAAGGGAUCACCAACUCACCUUUAACUGGCUUAAGUCUUCACUUAAGUCUGUGAAGGUUCUCCGUCAUCCAAGUCUGUAUAUUGUUGUAGAUUAAAGUCAUAUGAUGAAAUACAUACUGUCAAACAAGAAUAGAGGCAUCACUGAUGACAGCUUUAAAAUUAAACUGUUUAAUAAAA